AUGAAUCUCACUGAUCAAGCAGUUGAAACAGUAACACAAACACAACGUACUAAACCUCCUUUAUUACAUCAUGAUUCGAGUGGAGAAGCUGCUGGAAGUUUGUAUUCAUUUGAGACUGACAGUCGAUUUAUUGAAAAGCAAUUUUUGUUAUCGUGUGAACGAGGAGAUAUUGGUAGUGUACGAAAGCUUUUAUCAGAAGCUGUUCCCGGCUUUACCAUCAAUUGCGUUGAUCCAUUGGGAAGAAAUGCACUAUUGAUCGCCAUCGAAAAUGAAAAUAUUGAGAUGAUCGAACUAUUAUUGGAUAAUAACAUUGAAACGGGCGAUGCCAUUCUAUACGCGAUUGGAGAGGAAAACGUGGAAGCUGUUGAGAUUUUGGUUCAUCAUUUAGAAAAAAUUGAUAAAUUCGAUCCGGAGAACCAAGGGGUUGAAAUCAACGAACAUUCAGCUUUUACUCCUGACAUCACACCCAUCAUCCUAGCUGCUCAUAAAGAUAAUUAUGAAUGUAUUAAAUUAUUUUUGGAUCGUAAAGGUGUUGUUCCACAUCCACACGAUGUACGUUGUUGUUGUCCUGAAUGUGAAUUAGCACGCGAAGAAGAUUCGUUAAGACUAUCAAGAUCUCGGAUUAAUGCUUAUCGAGCAUUAGCUAGUCCAUCACUUAUAUGUUUAUCAGCUAAAGAUCCAAUAUUAUAUGCAUUUGAACUUAGUUAUGAACUUCGUAGAUUAUCUUAUAUCGAAAAUGAAUUUCGUAGUGAAUAUCAGGAAUUAUCCCAAAAAUGUCAAAAAUUUUCUGUAAAUAUGUUGGAUCAAGUGAGAGGAUCGAAAGAACUGGAGAUAGUCCUCAAUCACACAACAAGUGCUUGGGAAGAGGUAAAAUCACGUGGAUCUCCAACAACUGAGCAGUUAUCUCGUCUCAAGCUAGCCAUAAAGCUACGUCAAAAAAGAUUUGUUGCUCAUCCGAAUUGUCAACAACUACUUGCUGGUAUUUGGUAUGAAGGAUUGCCGGGUUUUCGUAAUAGGAAUAUCAUUUUUAAGUGCCUUCUGAUAUUUCUGGUUUCAUUAUCGUUUCCAUUACUUUCAUUAGUAUAUCUCAUCGCUCCACAAUCAGCUAUAUCCAGCUUUACAAAGAAGCCUUUUAUCAAAUUUUUGUGUCAUUCAGCUAGUUAUAUCUUUUUUCUUUUUUUGAUCAUCUUAGCUUCACAACGAAUUGAUCUAAUUGACAAUAUGUUUACUGGAGAAUCGGAAUUUGAUAGAAAAGAACGUCGUGGAACAACUCCGACACCUGUCGAAAUGGCCAUCAUGGUUUGGGUCUUUGGUUUAAUAUGGGUAGAAAUCAAACAGUUAUGGGAUUGUGGUCUUCAUGAUUACUGUUAUAACUUGUGGAACAUCUUGGAUUUCAUAACAAACUCUUUGUAUUUAUGUACAGCAGCUCUAAGAUUUGUAGCUUAUUAUCAGGUUCAAGCUGAGCUUCGCAACCCAUCCAGACGACAUUGGCCUCAGAUAGUCAGACGAGAUUGGGAUGCGUUCGAUCCAACACUGCUCAGUGAAUGUGUAUUUGCAACUGCAAACAUCUUUUCUUCACUUAAACUUGUUCAUAUUUUCACAGUUAAUCCUCAUCUUGGUCCACUCAAAAUAUCAUUAGGAAGAAUGGUUAUUGACAUUCUGAAAUUCUUUCUCGUUUACGCAUUGGUUCUCUUUGCUUUUGCUUGUGGUUUGAAUCAGCUGAUGUGGUAUUACUCUUCCAUGAGACAAACAGAAUGUGAGCAAUAUCGUAUAUGGUUGAAUGCUCCCAAGGAGAUAGCGCGCCCAGCUAAUUGGGAAAGCUUCAGGGAGUCUUGUGAUAUCAAGUAUAAAGCAUGCUCAAGCAUAUAUCAUACAUCUGAAACGCUGUUCUGGGCGAUGUUUGGACUUGUCGAUUUAUCUCAUUUUACUCUGAAGGAACCUCAUUUCUUAACGGAAUGGACGGGCAAGACCAUUUUUGGAAGCUACUCUUGUUGUGCAAUCAUUGUACUUCUGAACAUGUUGAUCGCUAUGAUGAGUAACUCAUAUCAGUAUAUUUCCAAUCAAGCCGAUGUUGAAUGGAAGUUCGCACGGAGCAAACUGUUCAUUGAGUACUUUGAUGAUACAGCCACCCUUCCACCUCCCUUCAACAUAAUACCAAGCCCAAAAAGUUUUUAUUAUGGAAUAAAAUGGCUAUGUGAUCGUUACUGUAAGUGUUCGAAAGCUAUCCAGGCGGGCAAACAGCGGAGUAUGAGGAACCAACGUAUUCUUCGAGAAGUGAAUGAUCGGGAAAAUAAUUAUCGUUUUGUGACUCGGAAUUUGGUCAAACGGUAUAUCGCUCAGAUGCAACGUGUUAAACAGCAGAGUGAAGGAGUGAGCGAAGAUGAUGUCAAUGAGAUUAAACAGGAUAUAAGUGCUUUCCGCUAUGAAUUAUUGGGUGUUUUGCGAAAUAACGGAUUCAAUACGGGGCACACAGACAUGAAUCAGAAAACAUACUCUCGAAACAAGAAAAGAUCCGCAAUGGCAGAGAGAAGGCUCAAAAAAGGAUUACCAGAGUUCAACAUUCCCGUUCCUGAAAGCUUCCAAACAACGGCGACUCGACGAACCAGUACGGUUCCUCUUAACAAUCAUAUAGAAGCAAAAGCUUCUCCAAUCAAGUUCAGCACAUUGAAUUGGAAAAAAUUGAAGAAAAAAGUCAGCUUCAAAUAUCCAAAUCGUCAGCUCAUGGAGCAAAAAAAUGCGAAAAAGAAAAGCAUGAGCUUUGACUGUCAAGCAGGUCCAUUACCUUCCACAUUUCUGACACAUCUUCCUAAUGAUACAAACCAUAAUUUAAAUAAAUAUAGAAGGAAUACGACGGUUAGUGGAACGACUGUGUCGGAUUUUGGGUCGAAAAAUGAGACGAAAAGUGAUACGGUCAUUCAGUUGGACACCGAUGACCUUCUUUGA